UAGAGCUCCGGCGGAAGCUGAUGGUCUGCCUGCUGGGGUUAGUGAGCUCUACCUUUGAGAAGCAAGAUUGCUACCGCCACUACCAUCCUGGUUCGAGCGAUCUUCGCACACACACAGCAUUGAAGAAAGCAGACUUGGCGUCUGGCCAUGGAGACAUUACACGUGGAUUGCUCCACACGCGCGCCGGUGCAUUCCCCUGGCCACGGAGGAUGUCGUGCGAGACUCAUGGGACUUGGGACACGGCUUGACCAUGGCACACAUCACGCUGCCGCUUCUCCAGGUACUGGAGUACUCGACUUUUGGCACCAUGUCCCAAGACUACGAAACCUCCAUGACGCUCAUCGAUGCCUGUCUCUCGGCUUGUCCUCAGGUCUGGCCAACACAGAGGGCGGGCUUCGCCGUUUGGGCAGCGGCGACCUGGAGGUAUUGAAGAUCCCACUUGUGUGCCUGUCGACGCAAGAUGGAACGUCAGAGGGAGGAAGGGAACGAGCGAGACGACCGACAGAUCAGGACCAUGAACCUUCUGCAGUCCUGGAAAGGACAGGUAUGGAUAUGGAACGAAAAACCACCAUCGGCAAAGGCAGGUGUUUUGGAACAUGCAGGGCUUCUCGGAGGAGAGGCAAGGAGUUCGAAAGAGGUGGUAAUCUUAGCAGAGACGAGAAGAUCGCAACACGCAGAAUUCCUGGCGCCGAAUCCGCUCGACGACUUCGGAGCUGGCUCAUGUUUUAUGGAACACAUGGCUUCCAAUACGACUGGCUCUCCGGAAUCUGGAAAUACUGGGACACUGCUCAAGGGUACUUGAACGACAGAGCCGCGGCUUCUGAAUUCCCAAGCCAGUACCGGCACCAACGCCGACAACAUGAAUCGAGCCACGCGCGCUUGGGCAAAGCCCGGAGUGUUUGGCAGUCCUUUCAAACCCUCUGCGGGAUUCUCUCCGAAGAAAGUCGACGGGCAUCAUACCAUUUGUCUCUGCUGCUCGGCGACGCAAGCAACGAAGUUGUUUCUGUUCUGGAACCAUACGUAGCGGAGUCGAUCGGGUCGCCCAACACGUCUUGGUCGCACGAGAGGUGCAUUAUCGAGUAUGUCACCGCACUCAUCAUCAACCAUCGCGAAUCCGAGGCUAGGGACUGCCUUCGGAAUGUGGAAGCAAGGAGCCUGCUACACAAUUGCGCAAUACAGAGAUUCAGCUCUUCGUCAACUCUAUGACAGGGAGGACUCAGACUGUCCAAAUCACCUCCUUUGCAUAAUUGGAAGACAUAUUUCGCGCCCUAGAAGGGAAACAGAGAAUUUGGGAGGACCGAUUUGCUUGGAGGCUCUUGUGUGGAGGUAAGCCGUUGGAAAUGAGCAGAUUGCUGUCGGAUUACAACAUCCAGGACGGGUCAACCAUUGAUGCCGUCUGGCGAUUUCGCGGCGGGGGCCUAUCAUGA